AUGCCACCAAGACGCAGACGUGGCCCACAAGUGGAGAACGACAUGGAGGAACAAUCAGAGGGAAGUGUCGGGAAUCAACCCCAUCCUCCACCACCACCCCCACCUCAACCUCAAGAGAGAGAAUACAUUAAGGCCUUCCGAAAGGAAAACCCCCCAAAGUUUGACGGACUGGGAGAGCCCCCGAAGGCAGAGGCUUGGAUACGCGACCUCGAGCGUAUAUUUGACUUCAUGGGAUGCACCGAUAGGGAACGUCUAGCUUGCGUGACGUAUCAACUGACUGGACCUGCCGAUUUUUGGUGGGAAACUAAACGACGAACUAUGAACCCUGCCCGCCACGAGGCGCUCACAUGGGAAGAAUUCAAGGAAGAGGUAUACGACAAGUACAUUCCCAUGAGCUAUAGACGGGCGAAGAUAGUGGAGUUCCACACCCUGAAACAGGGAAACAUGACGGUGACGGAGUACGACCGUGCUCUUUGUGAAAUGACCCGAUAUGCGCCCGAGUUAGUGGACACCGAUGAGAAGAUGGCCGCAAAAUUCCGUUCUGGCCUUAGACACGAGAUAAGGGUAGCCAUGGCCAGCCGCAAAGGAAUCUCGUACUCCGAAAUUUUGAGUUGCGCUUUAGAUGUGGAAGAAGCACUACCAAAGGACGAGACGACGGCGAAUGCUACACCACCAACACCUCAACCGAACUAUCGAGACAAGAGGAAGUGGGAAGACAACCGAGCUCCUUAUGACAACAAGCGACACCGUUCUACUUUCCGCCAGACGCAAGACUAUGACCGGCAAGCCAUGCGACAGCCGAGAGGGAAUCAACAGAAGGCACCCCACUGCAACCGGUGCUCCAAGUACCACUUUGGCGAGUGUAGAGCUGGAAGCAUCCGAUGCUUCACUUGUGGUGGAAAUGGACAUAUGUCUCGAGUGUGCCCGAAUAACAACAAAGGAGGAAUGUGGAAUAGGCAGGGACAUGGGGAACAACAGCAACAACCACAACCAUUCGACAGGUGGCCCCACAACAAGCGAGAGCGUACGCGCUGA